AUGAUCAUUCUUACUGUCGCGUGUCUACCCGUUAUGCCUCUCACGUGGUAUUUCAUUAAAGAGGAGAAGCAUGAGGGUAUGGUGUUUAGUACCUACCUAAAGGAGCUUUGGAUCCUCAUUCAGACGCGUCCGAUGUACCAGGUCAUUGCGUACAAGUUCUUCUCCGGCAUUUUCGAAAGCUUCACGAUCACUUCGUCGUCGGCCAUGCAGGACUACUGGGCUGGCGUCACGCCGCUAAACGAGAAAACUCUUGCCAUUAUUGGUAACGGCAUCUUCGCUCUUACCCUCUACUGCAAGGGCAAGUAUGGUCUCCACUGGAACUGGCGGUGGAUGCACGCCACUAUGAUCGUUGCUGUGACUGUGUUGGACUCUCUUGUGACGCUCCUCACAACGUGGGAUGUCAUUCGUAACCAGUGGUUCUGGCUGGGUGUUCCGGUCGUGGAAAACCUUCCGAGUGGUUUGGCUUUUGUCAUUGGAACGUACGUGGUCGUGGAGCUGGCUGAGGACGGCAAUGAGGGUGUACGCACCAUCACUAAGAAUGUGGACAGUGCAUUCGAUGUAGCCAACGCAGAUAUUGCCAGUGACACUACUCACGUGCGUUGGGAAGUCACCUACAUUCUCAUCAUUCGCUAUGCCAUAAAUCUGGCCGGUCUGCUCUUCCUGCCACUGCUGCCCAAGCAGAAGGCCGAGACCAAUGAACUCAAGCGCAACGGGGGCUCAAGCCGCAUUCUUGGUUUGAUGACAAUCGCCUACUUCGCCUUCGCCCUCGUGUACUCCACUAUGGUCAACAUCAUGUCCAUCUUCCCGUCAACCUCGUGUCUGCGUAUUGCUGGAGGAACCGGCUGCUAA